AUGCAAUUUGAUCAAAUUCUUGGUUUUGGAGAUGCAUCAGAUACAUCUGAUGUUCUAUUGGUGAAUGAUGGUGGUGCAGAACCUAAAUUCAGUAAAGGAAAUGCAUCAUAUGUUCUCCCAAACAUAAUCAAGAUAAGUGUAGAAGAAAUAACAGAUUUACUUGAAGCAGGAUAUUCCAAGGUUGAAAUAGAAAGCACGAGGGUGCAAAUUAAACCUAAUGACACUUUACCAGAGUUAAAUGAGGAGGAGCAUGUUGUUGAUGAAGGUGAAGGUGACUUUCUUAAUGAUGUUAUAAAUGAUGAAGGUGAUGGUGGAGGUGUUGUUCUUGUAAAAGGUGAAGGUGAUGUUGUGAUUGAAGGUGAAGGUGGUAUGGUUGAAGUUGAAGGUGAUGUUGUGACUGAAGGUGAAGGUAAUGUUCUAAAUGAUGGUAAUGAGGUUGAUGAUGAUAGUAAUGAGGCUAAUGAUGAAGGCCAUCUGAAAUUGCCUAAGUUGAGGAAAAGAAGUCAUCUGAGAGGAUCACUAAACUAA